AUACUUUAGCAUUGUUAUAGAAAUGGUUAUAUAUUAUUUUAUAAAAGAAUUAUAUUUGUAGGUAAGGAAUUAUUAUAACUUUUAUGUUUUUAAAGCCCACACAAAACCGUUUACAAAAGAUCUUUCAUGAUAAAAUCAUCCGAUCAUUGUAUUGGUCAUAUUAGAGUUACACAAAAAAACACGCUCUCUUUUUUUUUUUUCUUGAGAGCUAGAGUAUUUUUGGUUUUUCAUGUGUUAAACUAAAAUAUAAAGUAAUUGUACAACCAAUUAUCUGAAUUAAUUAUAAUAUUCUUUUCUGUAAGAGAAAGAUUUUUAAUGACUAAGGUUUAUAUUUCUGAACUAUUUAAAAUUCACAUAUCUUCUAAAAAUAUAUACUAAAAUUUUUGAUUAUCCAAAUAUUUGAAAUUAAAAAUUAAAAUUUUUAAUUUUUAAUUAUUAUUCAAAAAUUAUAAUAGUGUAAAGAUAAUUUAUAUUUCUUUAUAUAAUAUAACUACCCACAAAAUUGCGGGCAAACACCUAGUUUUUUUAAUUAAUAAUCCAUGUAUUAAUAAAUAAUUAUAAAAUGUUUAUGUGUGGAUGACAAAGCAACUUAAGGAAAUCAACAUAAUCUCCCAUACUGUUCACUGGAAGUUUCAUAUACUAAAAAGGAAAAAAAAUCUUCUGUGAACUUCUCUUUCCUUCUUCAUUGGAGACAUAAUAUCAAAAAAAAGUAAUACAAGUUGAACUAUAAAAAUCAGAGGCAUUGAUGUCCCAGAGUCCAGAGAUGGAGAAUAACCUACGAAAUAAGGUCAGGUGAUGCAAGAAAAAGGCAGAGCGACCUAAUCAGGGUUGGUUAAUACUUAAAAAUUCAAGGCCUGAAUAAGGUUUGAAACUCGAAAACACGGGACCAACUAAAGAAAACAGAGAAAGCUAAUGGUGCAGCACAUCUUAUAUAAAGGCCUUUUGCUUCAGCAACAAUUCCCAACAUAGAAUUAUCACAUAUCUCUAUAUCUCCUUUCUCGAGAGAAAAGAUGGGCCAAACCAUAAUUCUUGUAGCUAUAAUUCUGAUUGUUGUUAUGAAUGCUCAGAGCACUUUCGUUGUAGGAGAUGCUGCUGAGAGAAAGGUUUACGUAGUUUACUUGGGAGAGAAGGAACAUGAUGAUCCUGCUUCAGUCACCGAAUAUCACCAUCAGAUGUUAUGGUCACUUCUUGGAAGCAAAGAGUCUGUCCACGAUUCAAUAGUGUAUAGUUAUCGACACGGCUUCUCAGGCUUCGCUGCCAAGCUAACAGAGUCCCAAGCCCAGCAACUUUCAGAACUGCCUGAGGUUGUUCAUGUCAUACCAAAUACAUUGUACGAACUGACAACAACUAGGACUUGGGAUUACUUGGGUCUGUCUCCGGGUACUUCAAAGAGUCUUGUACAUAAGGCCGACAUGGGGAGGAAGAUCAUUGUUGGAGUCAUCGAUACAGGAGUAUGGCCGGAGUCUGAAAUGUAUAAUGACAAAGGCUACGGACCUAUACCGAGUCGUUGGAAAGGAAGCUGUGAAUCCGGAGAACUCUUCAACGGUUCGAUUCACUGCAACAAAAAGCUGAUAGGAGCUAAAUACUUUGUUGAUGGCCUUGUUGCCGAAAUCGGAGACUUUGAUAGAGCAGAGAACGCUGAGUACGCAUCCCCGAGAGACUUUAACGGUCAUGGGACACAUGUAUCCUCAACCAUCGGCGGUUCUUUUCUGCCUGGUGUAAGCUACCUAGGCCUUGGAAGAGGGACAGUGAAAGGCGGCGCGCCGGGUGUUCGUUUAGCUAUUUAUAAGGCUUGCUGGCUUCAGUCAGGGUCCUGUUCAGGAGCUGAUGUCUUAAAAGCAAUAGACGAAGCUAUACAUGAUGGUGUUGAUGUUUUGUCACUCUCUUUAGGAUCAAAGGUUCCUUUAUAUUCAGAGACUGAUGUGAGGGAACUGACCUCUGUGGGAGCAUUCCAUGCAGUUGCAAAAGGAAUUCCUGUUGUUGCUGCAGCUGGUAAUGACGGUCCCUCGGCUCAGACUAUUUCGAAUGUAGCUCCUUGGAUCUUAACGGUCGCUGCAACAACUCUAGACCGUUCCUUUCCCACAGCUAUUACACUUGGGAACAAUAUAACAAUACUGGGUCAAGCAAUCUUUGCCGGUCCAGAACUCGGCUAUUCCGAUCUAACUUACCCACAGUCCGGUGAUUGCCAGAAGCUCUCUGCUAAUCCCAACAACACAAUGGAAGGAAAAGUUGUGUUAUGUUUCACAAGAGAAACAAGUGUCACCCCUGCGGUAGAUGCUAUAAUAGCAGUAAGAAAUGCUGGAGGUCUUGGGGUAAUCAUUGCAAGGAAUCCUACACACUUGCUUCUUCCAUCUCGUAACUUUCCAAGUGUUGCGGUAGACUUCGAGCUUGGAACCGACAUUCUGUUCUACAUACGCUCCACAAGGUAUCAUUCAUCUCAUUCACCAAAUACUUUCAUGAAUUACCAUAAUAUUUUUGGAUUUUUCUCUCUCGCCAGAUCUCCCAUUGUAAAGAUAGGGGCUUCAAGAACCCUCGUUGCACGACCUGUGGCUACAAAGGUAGCCACUUUCUCAUCAAGAGGACCCAGUUCAAUUUCCCCAGCGAUUCUUAAGCCGGAUAUAGCAGCACCUGGUGUGAACAUACUUGCAGCUACUUCCCUUAAUGAUUCUUUCAGUGUCAAUGGAUUCUCUAUGAAGUCUGGGACGUCAAUGGCUACUCCUGUAGUUUCAGGAAUUGUAGUGCUCCUCAAAUCAUUACAUCCUCACUGGUCUCCUUCUGCUAUCAAGUCAGCUAUUGUCACCACAGCUUGGAAAACUGAUCCAUCAGGAGAGCCAAUCUUCGCAGAUGGGUCAAGCCGCAAGCUAGCUGAUCCGUUUGAUUACGGAGGAGGCCUCGUGAAUCCAGAGAGAGCUGCGAAACCAGGUCUCGUGUACGACAUGGCCACACAUGACUACGUCUUGUACUUGUGCGCUGCUGAUUACAGUGACAUGUCCAUAUCCCGUGUCCUCGGAAAAGCAACCGUCUGUCCUACUCCCAAGCCUUGGGUUCUUGAUCUCAACUUGCCUUCCAUCACAAUCCCAAACCUUAGAGAUGAAGUCACUCUCACAAGAACAGUCACAAACGUUGGACCUCUCAAUUCAGUAUACAAAGUCGUGAUCAAUCCUCCAACGGGAGUUAAUGUGGGUGUUACACCAACGACAUUUGUGUUUAACUCUACAGCUACAAAGUUAUCGUUCACGGUCCGCGUCACGACCACACAUAGAGUAAACACUGGCUACUUCUUUGGAAGCUUGACUUGGAGUGACAACAUGCACAAUGUAGCCAUCCCACUAUCUGUGAGAACCCAGAUCCUGCCACGAUACUAUGACGAGAACUGAUGAAUCAUAAUAAGCCUAAAGCAGAUUUGUGAAAAGAAUAAAGCUGAUUGGUAUAAUAGUAUUGUGUAGUUUUAUUAUUAUUUGUUCUGUCAUAUUGUAUAAUUUAUGUUGUUAAUAAAUCCCUAAAUGGAAUUGUCAUUAAGAAAUUUAGUUAGUUUAUUGAUUCAUACUCACCAGUAAGAUCAACGGCAAGUUUGAAUCGGUGCCGAACGUGACUGGCCUGAGCAUUUCCAUGGAUGAAGAAGAUUGUAGGUAACUUGUCAUUGAUCAUUAUUAGCAUUGAGAAAGUAGAAUCGAUAAUUAUUGAUUGUAUGUAACUUGUCAUUGUUCCCAGUGUUGAUGAGGUCGAUGUAGACAAUCAUAUAGAGUAGGAUGCCAUUGGUGUUGUAGAUAAAAAGUGAUGCAUCGGCAAUGGAGUUUGUAAGAACAGACAAUGGCUGAACUAGAGAUUGAUGUCUUGUGCUGUUUCUGAGAUAUUUACUAUCUUAUGGUUGGUGAAAGAGAAAAUGACGUAUUUCAAUCAGAACAAUUUCGAUCUUGCCAAAUACAAUCUAAAUAGUUACUAAAUGAUAAAUAAAAUCUAAAUAGUUACUAAAUGACAAAUACAACGUGAGUUUAAUAAAGAAUUAAAUUUUCUGAAAACAAAAAUUAAAUUAUCUUCCCGAACAUGCUUCAAUAACUCAAAAUACUACUUUGACUAGCAAAUCGUUAGUUGAUCGAUAGAAUAGAUAAAGCGACCUCGUUUUGUGUUUGAAAAUAAAAAUUUCUCAAAACUGUUAUGGUAGGGAUUCAAACCAGAGCAAGGACACCAACUUCACAUAAAUAGACUAAAAACUCGCCCACUCAUAUGUCUGUUUUUAUGAUAUAACAUUUUUUUUCUUGGUACAAAAAUAUAAAAAAAUGAAAUAACAUCUUUUAUUUGACGUUGUUGUAGUUGAAAUAUUUGUUUUUAAAUUGUUACUAUUAGGAUUCGAACCCAAGCUUAGAGCAUCUCCAAAAAGACUCUCUAUUGUAGAGUUUACAAAAUUAUAUAUUUGAAAUUUCAAGAUGUUCUUCUCUAAAAGCAAAACUUCAAGUUUUUACAAUAUAGCUCUUAUAUUUGUCAUAAUUAAUAUAAAUCCAUCAAACUUUUUUAAAUACCUAGCUUAUAAUAUAAAAAUAAUACAGUAAUAUUAAUUAAUAAGACCUUACACUAAAAUAUAAAACUAUAAAUAAAAAACAUAAUUAAAUAUUACAGUAUAAGCAAAAUACUAGAGUAUUCCAUAAAACUAUUUCUCUCAUGCUCCUCCAUCUUCGGUUAUACAAAAAAUACUCUAUAACUUCAAAUAAA